AUGGGGCCACUGGAUUCUGGGCCAACCCAGGAUCCCCUGUUGGAGACAGAGGGGCUGGGUCUGUGGUGGUCACUGCUGACCUGUCUGCCUCCCUCCCCCCCCCUUGCAUCCAGGCUUCGGUGGAAACACAUCUCCUCCCUGAAGGUGGCCAAUGAGCCCAUCUUGGCAUUCACGAAGGGCAGCCCCGAGCGAGAUGCACUGCAGAAGGCCUUGAAGGACCUGAAGGGCAAGACAGAAGCCAUCCCGUGUGUGGUGGGUGACGAGGAGGUGUGGACCUCAGAUGUGCGGUACCAGGUGUCGCCCUUUAACCAUGGACACAAGGUGGCCAAGUUCUGCUAUGCAGACAAGGCCCUGCUCAACAAAGCCAUUGAGGCCGCCUUGGCUGCCAGGAAAGAAUGGGACCUGAAGCCUGUCGCAGACCGGGCCCAGAUCUUCCUGAAGGCAGCAGAUAUGCUGAGCGGGCCACGCAGGGCAGAGAUCCUUGCCAAGACCAUGGUGGGACAGGGUAAGACAGUGAUCCAAGCCGAGAUCGAUGCCGCGGCCGAGCUGAUCGACUUCUUCCGAUUCAACGCGAAGUUUGCCGUGGAGCUGGAGGGAGAGCAGCCCAUCAGCGUGCCGCCCAGCACCAACACUGUGGUGUAUCGGGGGCUGGAGGGCUUCGUGGCAGCCAUCUCCCCCUUUAACUUCACUGCGAUCGGCGGCAACCUGGCGGGGGCACCAGCCUUGAUGGGCAAUGUUGUCCUUUGGAAGCCCAGCGACACUGCCAUGCUGGCCAGCUAUGCUGUUUACCGCAUCCUCCGGGAGGCUGGCCUGCCCCCCAACAUCAUCCAGUUUGUGCCAGCUGAUGGGCCCACAUUUGGGGACACUAUUACCAGCUCAGAGCACCUGUGUGGCAUCAACUUCACAGGCAGCGUGCCCACCUUUAAAAACCUGUGGAAGCAGGUAGCCCAGAACCUGGAUCGCUUUCGCACCUUCCCACGCCUGGCUGGAGAGUGCGGGGGGAAGAACUUCCACUUCGUGCACCGCUCAGCCGACGUGGACAGCGUGGUGAGUGGGACCCUGCGCUCAGCCUUCGAGUACGGUGGCCAGAAGUGCUCGGCCUGCUCCCGCCUCUACGUGCCUCACUCGCUGUGGCCGCAGAUCAAAAGGCAGCUGCUGGAGGAGCACGGCAGGAUCAAAGUGGGCGACCCUGCAGAAGAUUUUGGGACCUUCUUCUCCGCGGUGAUUGACGCCAAGUCCUUUGGCCGCAUCAAGAAGUGGCUGGAGCACGCCCGCUCCUCGCCCAGCCUCACUGUCCUGGCGGGGGGCAAGUGUGAUGACUCUGUGGGUUACUUCGUGGAGCCCUGCAUCAUCGAGAGCAAGGACCCUCAGGAGCCCAUCAUGAAGGAGGAGAUCUUCGGGCCUGUGCUGACCGUGUACGUCUAUCCAGACGACAAGUACAAGGAGACACUGCGGCUGGUGGACAGCACUACCAGCUAUGGCCUCACGGGGGCAGUGUUUGCCCAGGAUAAGAAUGUUGUCCGGGAGGCCACGGAGAUGCUAAGGAAUGCUGCCGGCAACUUCUACAUCAAUGACAAGUCCACCGGCUCAGUGGUGGGCCAGCAGCCCUUCGGGGGGGCCCGAGCCUCUGGAACCAAUGACAAGCCAGGGGGACCCCACUACGUCCUGCGGUGGACAUCGCCCCAGGUCAUCAAGGAGACGCACAAACCUCUGGGCGACUGGCGCUACUCGUACAUGCAGUGAGCCUGCUCUGCUCCUCCGCCGUCCACCUGUCUGUCUGUCCAGGCACCUGACCUCAGAGCACUGGGCCCACCCCAGCCCUCCACCCUGCUCCCUAUAGAUGGCCCCUUUCCUAGAGUCAAGGGCUGGCUCCCUGCCCCACACUGGCCUUAUCCUGGCCUGUCCCACAUCUUGGUGUCAGGUGCCCCAGCUCAGGUUUAAGAUCCUGCAGGGAGGGAACAGGCCUGCUGCCCUCAUCCCAUCGGCCACCUUAGAAAUUGCAUCUCGGAGGUGUGACCUUGGUGCCGGCUGGUUCUCUAUCUCCCCUUUCCUCCUCUUAUAUACUGGCCCAGUGGUUAAGGGACUUGGGGAAUGAUGGGGCAGCUCCUGAUCCCUUGGGUAACAGGAGGCAGCUCUGGGCCCCUUGGCAAACCUCAUGACCCACAGAGGUUCCUGGCCUGACCCUGGCUUCUCCAGGCCUGCAGGACUAGGUGUGACCAGGGUGGUCGGCAGGGCUGGUGAGUCGUGGCUGCAGGUACUGGGACAUUAGCUGACCUUGCCCCCUUUGGUCUGGGCCACUCGCCUUUUACAGUAGCUCUUUGCCCAGACCCACAUGAGCUAGUGGAUACCUGUGCCUGACCUUGAGCCUUAGAUACCCAUGUGCCUUCCUCCAGGCGCCCGUAUGUCCACGUGAUUGACAGCUUCAUGUGGCGAGGCUGGAGGCCACCUUCCAAGAUGUGGGAUGUGCUGGUCCUUCUUGGGGCUGUGAUUUUGGAAAUUGUGGGUGGAACUUAGCUCUCCUCCCUAAGCUACCCUCAGAGCCUUGUUGGCCUGGGGUUUCCUGCAGGAGCUCAUUUCUCACUGGCCAUGGUACGACAGGCCCAGGUAGAUGCUCUUCCUAUUCCCCAGUCCCCCAGACCUACCCUUGGGUCCCUGUCCUGCCAGCGCCAAGGGUUGCCCAUAGAAUCUUCUUCCUUUGAAUGUGAGUGGCUUGGUGUGGACUGGCCCUUGGGUGGCCUGUUCUUUGUUUGAUGUAGCCAUUCGGUGGACUCUCACAAACAGGUUGGAUUCUGGGUGGCCAGGGAUCUAUAAAGGGUGACUUGAGGGCAGUUUUUAGGGCGCCCUAAAUGUCCUGGGCCUUCCUCAAGGACAGCUGUCAGGAGGUCCCCAUGGGGUUGGCGUGGUCAUUCCCCAAGUGCCAUGACCUCCCACUGCGCCCAGCGGUCAGGGGCCUGGUAGGCCCCUGGGUUCUGCUUCCUUCCUGGUUCUGCACUGUUUCCCAUAAGGGGCCAGGUCAGGUGGCUGGGGUGGGUGGGUGGAAAUGUUCCUGGUUCUACUGGCUCUCUACUGUGAGGUGGCAGUGGGAUUUGCCUUGAUGUCACCCAAUAAAAUACCUGUUACUUAA